GACUCCUUGUUUUCAUUUGACGCCACCGAAACUGACAGUGACAGUCGGAGAUGGCUGAUAAGAGGCGUGAAGCACGGGAAUCAAUCAAGGACAGCAUCGACAAAUGGAUCGAGGCGGCAGACCAUCACGACUCGGGCGUACCUGACGUGAUAACAGGUGAGACAGGGACGCAGAUAUGGCGUUUUACAAGGAAGGCGUCUGUGUCUGUCCGGCGUGCAGCCCUCACGCACUUCAAAGCGUACGUCAAAGAUGAGAUUCACUCAGGUGAUGAGGAUCAUCUGUCUUAAGGAAAGACGGAGGCAUAUUCGCCUCACUCCAUCUCGACUUCUCUCUCUCCCUGUCGGACUGUCCCCCAGUUGUGCAGCAGAUGGACAAGCGACAGACGGAGAUGGAGGCGCACAUCAAGGAGAUGAAGGCGAAGCUGAAAUGAACAUGAGACACUGGAUGAAACACCAAUUGUGAUGGAUGGCCUAUGGAAACAUCAAUUGCCCACGUGCCUCAAUCUGUGUGACGCCAUUGACCUUCCAAACUCAUACAGUGACUGGUCUCUGCCCGGAACAGAUGAUGGGAGGCAUCAUUUGGCUAACCUUGAGACGUGAC